AUGAUAGACGAAUGGAUUCAGAGUACAUCGACUUAUUCACCAAUUCUGAGGGACAUGGACAUGAAGAUUUCUUCGCAGACUUUCAACGGUGCGUUGCGUGACAAUACAACAAUCUGGAGAAAGCCACCCUCACGAGAAGUUGACGCUGCGUGGGAUUUCCUCUCCGCUGAAGACAUGCAGCUCAUCACAGUGUCGGCGGACGAUAUUCUUCUGGCGGGCAAAGAUCCCUCGAGAUCAGUCAAGGCGCCCGCUUCUUGGGGGUUUGGCGAUGACGCUUAUAUCGCUCAAGUCGAGGUCUUCCAUCAGAUCCAUUGCUUGAAUGAGCUUCGAAAAGAGAUGCACUACGAUUACUACUAUAGCUCGCCACGAACCGAGCUUCACCUCAGCCACAAGAGCCACUGCGUUCACAUGCUGCUUCAAACUCUGAUGUGCAACGCGGACGUGGGGAUCGUGACUCAUCAGUGGGUGCACGAUGAUGCAUACAGCGACCCGAAGACGCGGCCCUUUCCCGACUUUGACGUUGUGAAAAAGUGUAGAGAUUUCGACGGCGUGAUGCAUUGGCUGAGGCAUGGCGGUGGCGUCGAAAAUUUGGCAGAGAAAUUGCCAAUGGAUUAUCCUGGAGGGACACCUGUGAUUAACGCACAGGGCUACACACAAAAGCAAGGCAGCAAGGUGUAG